GUUGUGAGCGCAUGAAGCGAUGGCUGGCCACAUAUCACAACAGCUCGAGGAUUUAUUAAAUCCUUUGCCCAAGUUCACGGAUCCAGAGGAUGAUCAAGAUGAAGGUAUACACUGUUUGUAAUGUUUUAUAGGUACAUUUUGCUUUCGAUUUGAGGACAAUGUUUCCGUUUUCAUGUAUCAACUCGUUACAUACACGCCGGGUAGCAUGCAAAGCUAACGUUAAGCUAGCCAGUUAGCUAACAGGUUAGUAGUACACUGAAAGCACGAAACACCUCCAUAAACUGUUUUGAUGCCCAAAAAUGACCACCCUUUUAGCCAAAAGUUAUCAACAGUACUGGCAACCAGCCACAUAGACAUGUGUUUGUUGUGAGGUUUUCAAACUGAUCACAGUGUAGGAUGGACAGCCACUGCACCAGUUCUAAUAACAGUUGAUUCUGCUACUGGUGCUGCUAGCUAUAUUGACCAUUUAAAUAUUUUCACGAGAUGUUGGAUGUUACUAACUAGCUAGUAUUCGUAUCUUUCCAAACCUCUUAUAUGCAUUGUCAUUGCUAGCAAGUCGGCUCGAUGCUGUAUUCCCACUCUGCUGAAGAUACAAAUCAACAUUUACAUGACCUUAUGGAGAGGGGCAAUAUCCUGUCAGUUAUUCCACUUGAUUUGUCUUUCUCUUGAAGAAUUCUUCUGAUUUAUUUGUAACAUUCUGACCCUGAACAGUAAGCUAUUAUUGCCAGCCACUUUGUAUAUUGAUCAGAUAUGAAUAUAAACUUGCAGUUUUCAAUCAUUCAAACUCACCGUUUUGAUUCCUCCCAGAGACGAAAGCCAAGGUGGUAGAGGCGUUUGAUGAGGGUGGUGGUGAUGAUGAUGAUGUGGUUGCCUUGAGUGGGCUCUGGAAGAAAGCUAUAACUCUGCUGGAAGAGACAGACAAACGCUAUCUGGGCAAGGCAACCUCCCGUAAAGACCUGCUAAAGGAGAUCGCAGGUUCUGGUGAGUUGGAACAUGAAUGUGUCAUUUAUAAUAAUGUUAAACGUAUAUGUUGGAUAAUCAAUGCAACUGACCACAGGGAAAAGGAAAUAAGGAACCUGUCAAGAAAGUUGGAUGAGAGCUGAUAGUUUGGAUUCAAGUACUUGAAAUGUAUCCUUUUUUUUUUCUGUCCCUGGAAUUGAUCUGACAAGGUUGGAUUGGUGAAACGAUAAGGUAGUAACCUUGAUUUUACUUAUUCAAUCAGAUACAUGAUUACCCUUAGGACGGGAGGAAGGAAGGAUGUAUUUCAAAAGCAAUUUCAUCAAUGCACUGCAUUUGUUAUUUGUGGAAUUCUGCCCUCUUGUGGUUUUGCAAGGGGCACCUGUACAUUAAGGAACUGUCUAUCGUUCAGUUCAAAAUAAACUACAAAUAAAUGUGCCUCUCAUGCCACACUGGACUCUCUUAUAAUAUUGUUAAUGUCUCCUAUAAUUAUUACCAUAAGACACAUUGCUGGUGAACAAGAUACCAUAGCUUUAAUGGAUGUAUGUUCCUUAUUUCCAAUUUAAUAUAUGCUCAGCUGUGUAUCGUCAUAUCAUGUGUAGACAUUUAAUUAUAAUAAGCAUGUAACAUAGAAUAGCUUAGGCCUACAUCUUCAAGUGGGCAGUUUUUUUGGGCUAUUAAAUGGAGAAAUUGCAUUGUUGUUAAUCAAGCUAAUCCCUUUUUAUCCAAACAUAAUGCCUUGACUAAGGCAAAGAUUUGCAAGUCAAACACGGGCCAUGCAGCUAAUCAAUUUAAACUUAGAAGACAACUGAUUACAGCAUUAAGCUGUUGUGUACACGGCAUCACUACUGCUAUUCAGGUGCUGAGUGGAAGGCCAUCUACAGCCUUAACUGCCUGCAUUAGUUAGAAUUGCUUCAUUGGAUUGCUGUAUGGUUAUUAAUGAACAUCCAUUUGUUUUUUUCAAAUGUAAUAUUGAAUCCUGGUCUUAUCAUUCAAUUGCAAUGUGGGUUUUUAGGAGAGGAUGAUGACGAGGACAAUGAUGAUGAAAAGGAGGAGGAGGAAGCAGAAUAUGAUAAUGUUGAUGAUGCUGAUCUGGAGGAUGGAGAGGCUGGAGAUGGAGAUGAAGAUGAUGAUGAAGAGAUUGAGAGUGACACCGCUAAGAUGAAAAGCUUGGUGUCUAAGUGGAAGGAGACUGACAUCACACUUCCCUCAGAAACAGGCUUACAUAAGCUAACAGAGGGGAUGGAUCACCUUGGAGAGAGCGAAGAGGAGGAGGAGGAGGAUGAUGAUGAAGAAAGUGGUGAUGAGGAUGGCGAGGAAGAUGAGGAUGAAGAGAGUGUGGAGGAAGAGAUGGAGGAUGAAGCUGACGAUGUGGGAGCUGUGAUGACAUUCUCUAAAGAGAAAGUGGAUGAAGAGGUGGAGAAAGGGAAAGCUGUGAAAGAUCAACUUGGUAUGUAUUUUGAUAGACCUGCUAUGUGUAGUAUAUGUUCUUCACUAUUAUGAACCUACUUAAGCACAUAUUAUCACCUCUUUUUCUCAGUAGACAACCUUGUCAUUAUUUUUAUUGAAUCUCCACAGCUCUUUGGGACCAGCUACUUGAGGGUCGAAUUAAAAUGCAGAAAGCUCUUCUGACAGCCAAUAAGCUGCCACAACCACAUACCUUCCCAGAGUUCAAGAAGAGGGGUGGAGCAGAGUUUGCUGGAGCGUUGAAGAAGAGUGAGUGCUUUGUUUCUGGUUAUAUUUUAAACAGUACAUUUUAUUUUACAGCUACCAAGAAUAUGAAAUUAAUUUAACUUUGUUGAUCCCCAGGGGGAAAUUGGGAAAAAAUUGAAAUGUCAAAGAAUUACACAAAAACACACAUUACAAAGUUUACAACCCAGUAAAUUAUGUGGUCAUAAUACUGAAUGUUUUGUCUAGACAUGUUAUCUCCCAGACACAGAUUUAGAAAAUGUGUAUUGCUUGCCUGCAUAUGCAAUGAUCAUUAGUGCGUAAAAUAAGUUACUUUAAACGCAUUGGCAUUUGAAACAUGAAUUUUUAAUCUUGGUGGACAAGGCUGGCGCUAGUGUUAUGGUUUAGUAUUUGGUGGGUAGAAAAUAAUUCAAACUAUGUGACUAGAAUCUGAAGUAGGCUUGGCUGGCGGUAAAAACAUCACUACAGGAAGAUUGUCAUAACCAAAUAAUAUUUUCUGUCUUUUCUUAUAAGAAUAUCUUCAUCCUUGUGGUUUCCACAGUGGAAUCAUAUGUAAAACGUUAGUUUGACUUUCUCUCAUUAUUGUUUAAACCUGACCGAUUUGUCCUGAUUCUUCUAAUACUAUUUUUCUCAAGGCGUGGUGGUAGUCCACCUCCCUCAUGAAAAUCACUCACACUUUUAUAAUCAAUGCCCACAGUAAUAGGAUUCCUCUGGCUAUGGGCAAUUAAUACAGUUUUUCCCUUUUUUUCUCCCUGCGCUGAUCUCAAAGCUACGAGACACUUGCUUCUCCUCAUUUGCAUAUUUAUUGCAUUGGACUCAAAUCUGGCGAGUGAUUGAUGUGGAGCCUGCCUCCUGAAUUUUUAGCUGCCCAUUAUUAUGAAAGGGAGGGAGGGGGCUCCGGCGUGCCAGUGUACUUUUGAUUAAAGUUGAAGAGAAUGGAAUCAUAAGUGUUCCCCACCUCCUUUCUUUUUCUACGCCCUGUGAUUUGGAGGGCAAAGUCUCAAGAAUUUGUGGCAUGUUUUAAUGGAUGUUGACAAGAUGUGGACUAACAAAAGCCGAGGCGGAUCUGCUCCAAAAGAUUUGAAUCAGUCAUGCUUGGGGGGAAUACUUGCUGUAGAAGUGAAGUUAUGAGGCAUAUUUUCUAUUGUUAUGCGGCAUAACGUUGUUUUAUUAUUUUCCCUGUUCCAUCCAGCUAAUAUUGAGGAAUUGACUUGCACAUUUAUGCCACUUACACUCAUACUCCCCCUAAUUCAUACAAAAUGUGUAAUCAUAUUUACUACUAAUCGUCAUUUCAGAGUUUGACAAAGACCAAUGUUAAGUUUACUUUAGACAACACCAUAUUCAUAGCAUGUUUCCCUCAAUCUUUACCCUCUUGGUUCCCAUAUCUCUCUGUUAGUAUAUUACAUCCUGACAGCAUGUUCUCUCUAUGAUGUUCUGUAAGGUCACAAAGCCCUGAAGGCUCUCCAGAGGUCUCUACUGGAGCUACAGGACCAGCUGCUCCAUCAGAACCCAGACACCAGGCCCAUCUCCCUGGGCAACACCUGGGGCGCACACAGGUCAGCACUGCCUCUCCUCCACACCCACAGACAACACAUGUAGUGCUCUGCUACAUGGACCACUCUCCUGAUUAACCAGAAUGGGAUGCAAUAUUUUUCUUAAAUGCCCUGCAAUUCAACCUACCUUUAAAGGCCCAGUGCAGUCAAAAUUCUGUUUUCCUGUGUUUUGUAUCAUAUUGUACAACAACUGAUGAAACUAACACUGUAAAAGUGUGAAUACAUUUGCUGUGUUAUUUCCUGUUAGGGCUUGCAUGGUGACAUCACCAGGCGGUAUAAGUUGAUAUAGACCAGUAACAAAGAGAGUUCAAAACCUCUCUGCCAUUAACAGCUAGUUUUCAGAUUACAGUGGGGGGAAAAAGUAUUUAGUCAGCCACCAAUUGUGCAAGUUCUCCCACUUAAAAAGAUGAGAGGCCUGUAAUUUUCAUCAUAGGUACACGUCAGCUAUGACAGACAAAAUGAGAUUUUUUUUUCUCCAGAGAAUCACAUUGUAGGAUUUUUAAUGAAUUUAUUUGCAAAUUAUGGUGGAAAAUAAGUAUUUGGUCAAUAACAAAAGUUUCUCAAUACUUUGUUAUAUACCCUUUGUUGGCAAUGACACAGGUCAAAUGUUUUCUGUAAGUCUUCACAAGGUUUUCACACACACUUGCUGGUAUUUUGGCCCAUUCCUCCAUGCAGAUCUCCUCUAGAGCAGUGAUGUUUUGGGGCUGUCGCUGGGCAACACGGACUUUCAACUCCCUCCAAAGAUUUUCUAUGGGGUUGAGAUCUGGAGACUGGCUAGGCCACUCCAGGACCUUGAAAUGCUUCUUACGAAGCCACUCCUUUGUUGCCCGGACGGUGUGUUUGGGAUCAUUGUCAUGCUGAAAGACCCAGCCACGUUUCAUCUUCAAUGCCCUUGCUGAUGGAAGGAGGUUUUCACUCAAAAUCUCACGAUACAUGGCCCCAUUCAUUCUUUCCUUUACACGGAUCAGUCGUCCUGGUCCCUUUGCAGAAAAACAGCCCCAAAGCAUGAUGUUUCCACCCCCAUGCUUCACAGUAGGUAUGGUGUUCUUUGGAUACAACUCAGCAUUCUUUGUCCUCCAAACACGACGAGUUGAGUUUUUACCAAAAAGUUCUAUUUUGGUUUCAUCUGACCAUAUGACAUUCUCCCAAACCUCUUCUGGAUCAUCCAAAUGCACUCUAGCAAACUUCAGACGGGCCUGGACAUGUACUGGCUUAAGCAGGGGGACACGUCUGGCACUGCAGGAUUUGAGUCCCUGGCGGCGUAGUGUGUUACUGAUGGUAGGCUUUGUUAUUUUGGUCCCAGCUCUCUGCAGGUCAUUCACUAGGUCCCCCCGUGUGGUUCUGGGAUUUUUGCUCACCGUUCUUGUGAUCAUUUUGACCCCACGGGGUGAGAUCUUGCGUGGAGCCCCAGAUCGAGGGAGAUUAUCAGUGGUCUUGUAUGUCUUCCAUUUCCUAAUAAUUGCUCCCACAGUUGAUUUCUUCAAACCAAGCUGCUUACCUAUUGCAGAUUCAGUCUUCCCAGCCUGGUGCAGGUCUACAAUUUUGUUUCUGGUGUCCUUUGACAGCUCUUUGGUCUUGGCCAUAGUGGAGUUUGGAGUGUGACUGUUUGAGGUUGUGGACAGGUGUCUUUUAUACUGAUAACAAGUUCAAACAGGUGCCAUUAAUACAGGUAACGAGUGGAGGACAGAGGAGCCUCUUAAAGAAGAAGUUACAGGUCUGUGAGAGCCAGAAAUCUUGCUUGUUUGUAGGUGACCAAAUACUUAUUUUCCACCAUAAUUUGCAAAUAUAUUCAUUAAAAAUCCUACAAUGUGAUUUUCUGGAUAUUUUUUUCUCAAAUUGUCUGUCAUAGUUGACGUGUACCUAUGAUGAAAAUGACAGGCCUCUCUCAUCUUUUUAAGUGGGAGAACUUGCACAAUUGGUGGCUGACUAAAUACUUUUUCCCCCACUGUACAUAUCCCUCCCCCUCCCCACUAAGAACACUCCCAGACAGUCCUAGCAAAAUUCUUGCUAAAAAGCUAUUUUUGUUUCUCUUUGACCAUUUGAAUGUAAAACUAUUACAGUAAGGUUCUUGUUAAUUGUUUCCUAUAAAUGUAUGAUAUUGAGAUAAAAAUGGCUGUAUUGGGCCUUUAAAAUAGUGUUGAGUACUAUUUUGUUCUGUAUCCAUAAUAUAGUGAGGAGGAUGAGGAGAUUCACAGUGACGAGGAAGAUGAAAUUAAGGAAGCAGUGGAACCGGCUGUGGAGACAGGUCCUCCCAAACGGAAGCUGGAGAUGGCUGAGUACCCAGACUUCAUGGCCAAGCGCUUCGCUGCCUUCCAGCCGUACCGCGAUGCCACGCUGCAGAAAUGGCACGACAAGACCCAGCUGACCAUGGGGAAGAGCAGCAAGGUCAGGAGGACUUGCAUACAUCACCAACCCCCACCACCCCCCAGCUCUCAUCAUCUAACCAGUAUGCACUGCAGUGUGUGUGUUCUCCAUCAGCAAGUACUGUGCAUAAUGCCACCAUCUGUCCCUAAAGCACACCUCUGCUGCCCUUCAAUCACAUUAAAUAGCGCUCAUAAACCAUGGGCUAACAUGCCAAUUAUACUGUAAUCUAUCUUUAUUGUUCCAGGGUUGAGGUACUUUUUUCACUGGACAUACUGCAUUAGGAAUAAUCUUAUGGUACUGAUGCUGUAACUGAGUUAAGGUAUUGUUUCUGACUGUUUAUCUCUUCUCUCAGGGUUUUGGGGCGUUUGACAGAAACAUCCUGACCCAGGUGGAACAGGUGCUGAUGGACAAGGAGAGGCUGCUGAGACGCACCCAGACCAGACGCUCAGAGUACAGAGUCCUUGGCAAGCUAGAGGCCACGGCCCCCCUACCUGAGACCACCACUGCAGAGGGAGAGGUGAGACUGGAGGGGAAGAAGGAGGGUUAUGUAGGAUAGGUAACAUGUUGCGAAAGCAGCCUGAGAGUGUUUGUAGUGACGUGUCCUCCUUUUGACUGUAAGCAGAGCUCCACAUUAACGCUUGUCCGCGGCAAGUAAAAUCACAAUAUCAAACAAUUACUCUGAUCAGAAUUGGAUCAUUGUCCUCUGGAUGUGAUGUAUUGCUGUUCUCCCAAUUUCUGCACAGUGCAUCGAGUAGGAUUGUAUUGCACUGACAGCGACCUUUCAAUCAUCCCUGCUUGUGAGCUUUUCAGAUCAAAGCAUGUAGCCACGUGUGCUCAUUUGUUGAUAUUCCUUGCUAAUUAGUGAGUUAUUUCCACAGUUAUAGCAACUUCUUGGUCAGCAAACAGGGUUUGUACAGUCCCAUGCUCUCAAUAGAUUUACCCUGAAACCGGAAUAUUCUAGAAUAUGUUUAUAAAUAAACAUGCCUUAGUUACCUUGCUUUGAAGUAGCCUACUUUAGCCAUUUGAUUCCUGAUUCAUUGUCAAUCUAUUUUUUAUAAAGGUUGUACUUGUAAGCUAAUGUUGAAAUAUUUUAUAGGCUAUGAAGGGUGGCCAACCAUCCUCCAGGAGAGCCUUAAAUGGGCAGUGUUGUAUUUUGAGACAGGCUUGAAUAUACAAAGAAGCCAAUAGGCAGAGGGUAGCCUACAUUUUUGUUUGAUUCUCUGUAUGGUAAUAGGCCUAAUAAUUGUAUUUUGCAAAGUGGUUCCUUGCAUUAUACAACACAGUUUUCAGUUACCUUUUUGGCCCAUUUUUUAUAUAUAUUUCCACGCUAUGAGAUUGGAAUAAUACUGUGACAAUGUAAAAAGUAUGAUGAUGCCCUUUUAGUGUAAGAGCUGUUUGAAAAGACCACCAGAAAUGUCAGCCUGUUUUGGUGGAAUGGAGUUUUGGCCUGCCUGGUGACAUCACCAGGUGGUAAAAUGAGUUAAUAGUUCAAUAAUAAAGAGCGUUCCAAACCUCUCUGCCAAAAGCAGCUAGUUUUCCCUUCACCACUCAGACCAUUCCCAGAAAGUCCUAGCAAAAUUCUUGCUUGAAAAAUUGCUAUUUGCUUAGAAGCGAAAAACUCACCAGAAGCGGGCGGGUAGAGCAAGCAGAGCGAGGCAGGUGGAAAGGACAUUGACAGGCAGAGCAGAGACUGUAUGCUAGCAGGAUAGUCCAUAUCGCCAAUCAUGUUUGCUGAUAGCGAUGUGUUUCCAUAAGUGGAUGAAUUGGCCUAAUUUAGCAUGUAUGCUAAAGCCUCAACCCUUAGCUACCUCUUCCAAUUCAAAUGAGUAAUAAUAAAACAAAUGGAAUAAUGACAACAUACAAAAGAAAAGUGUGUGACUGCAGCGCCAGCUAUAAAAUGCAAAAAUAGAGACACGUUCUAAUUGAGCGAGAUGUCAAAGCGGACAACCCGCCCGGCUUCGGUAAGGUCAUUAUAAUUCAAAACAAUGCAUUCUAAAAUAAAUCACACACACGCCUCACACGCUUGCCUUUCGUGAGUUUAGGCCAUAAGGUACUUCAUUGUUACGCAGAAAUUAUUUGAUAUUGAGAUUAAAAUGGCUGCAUUGGACCUUUAGGAGUGUAUCUUUAGUUGGUGGGAGCUGUCACCAUGAAACCCCCUCUUCAGUCAGAUUCCUUCUAGUUUGUUAAGCAUUCAUCUGUUACAGCAUUAACUGAGUGAGAUGCAUUAAGCUCUGUAUCUUAACUUAAUCUAGUCAGAAACUGCAGCAUCUGAACUGUAUUAACCUGAAAUGUAGGCAAUGUUACGGCCCAAAAUGAUUCCAACCUUUUUGCUCCCGAGUGGCGCAGCGGUCUAAGGCACUGCAUCUCAGUGCUUGAGACGUCACUACAGACCCCCUGGUUCGAUUCCAGGCUGUAUCACAACCGGCCGUGAUUGGGAGUCCCAUAGGGCGGCGCACAAUUGGCCCAGCGUCGUCUGGGUUUGGCCGGUGUAGGCCGUCAUUGUAAAUAAGAAUUUGUUCUUAACUGACUUGCCUAGUUAAAUAAAGGUAAAAAAAAAAAAAAAAAAAGGAGCAUUUGCAGGUUGGUAAAUAAAUACAUUAUGGGAGAUAGAGGAGAGUGGGGUUGUUUCAGCAGUUUUAGAUUAGGGUCCCGCGCGGCUCAGCCAUCCCUCUUCCUCCUCCAGAGGUGCCACUUUAUCUGGAGAGCAGCCUGUUUAUCUGGGGUGUUACAUCUGGAGUUUAUGGCUUUACCUCCUGCAUCGCUACAUGACGGAGAGCUUUCCCUCGUUCUCACCCCUCGCUUCCCCCCUCUCCCCUCCUCUUCCUCUCUCUCUUCUCUCUCAGGGGACAGAGCAGCUGCUGAAAGCUAACACACAUCUGAAAGACCUGGACGAGGAAAUCUUUGAUGAUGAUGAUUUCUAUCACCAGGUAAAUAUCAACCUAUCUGCAUGAAACAAUCAUCACACAAGGACUGAACCAUUCCUAAAAAUAUAUAUUGUUUGAUACCACACUUCCAUUUUCUUACAAAAUUGGACACAUAAUAAUGGACAAAAGACAGGCAGCAUAUCAGCAAUAAGGGAUGCUGUGAUCUUGGGAAUGGUGCCUCAACCUCUACACAUGGUGAUGUGAGUCUAGGUCUGGCUUAACACAAUAAUCCUGGAUCUACAUUGUGUCGCGUGAAGUACCAGGACUGCCCUUGUUAUUAUAGUUGGUCCUUUAGAGGACACCGUCCUGUCAUCCCAGUCUGAGGGCUCCGGAAGUGCAGCUCAGAGCCGUUCCCUGUGGGACUAAGCCCUCUAUGCUCCAGUAAUACUCCAGUAAUACAUGCGUUUUAAUGUGGCUAACCUCUCACAGCAGGCCAGAGCUGGACUGAUGUUUGCAUUCACCGAAACCUUUUUAGUCAGCAACUCUGUGCAUGCCAUAAAUCACUGUUGUGUGUUUGUGAUGCUGACUCCUAUACUACUAUCUUCACACUGCUCAGUACAGCUGAGGCGUAGUCAUUAACCGUGUCUGUGAACAGAGCAAUCACUCCCACACUGGAUUAGAGUAAUUAUGUAGCACCAAUGGAGCUUUAACAGUUACAUUCACUAAGGAACUGCAAGAUAUGCACAUUCCUAACCUACGUCCUAACCAAGGAUGAGGAAAGCUAUGGGGAGGGGGUGAUUCAUUUCUUCCCACUGUAGUGUGCAUGUUGUGUUGCUGGUGCCCAUUCUCACUAUCUUUCCCUGUCUCAGAGCCUGGAAACUGGCCAUACAGAGAGAGAGCCCCAUAGAGGGAGAGCCAGAGGGGUUAAUUGGGGACAUUAAUGAAGAUUCUCUCUCUCCUGAUAGGGGUCAGGGAGAGGGCUGCAUGGUGGCCGAUUAAAACAAAAUGGUCCGGUCAGUCAAGACAAGACGUUAUUAUCUCUGGGGGGAACACAAAGGAACAGGGCUGAGUAAUGAAACUACUGCCUGUAAUGUGGGGCUGUGUGGGGUUAUGUGUAGUCGGUGUCAAUUGUGUGAAUGGAGUGUGAAUGAGAACUGUCCUCAUUAAGAUGUUGUACUGUGAGGUCCAGUGCUGAUGAUGCUCUGGGGUCCUGGGACGGUGUUACUCCUCUAACCGAGGCUGAUGCCCAGCGGUGGUUCAUUCUGGCAGAGCCUGGGUGGCCUGGGCCUAUGUUCUGUGGUUGGCUGCUGGGUUGACGCUGAUGAAGAGGUCCAGGUUAAGUGAAUGGAUUUGCUGCUAGGGCAGAGAGGAGGGGGAGAGAGAGAGCUCUGUACUUUGGUGAUUGAGCAGGGGUGAUAAAGACGUCUUCUCACACAGACACACACACACACACACACACACACACACACACACACACACACACAGAGGAAACACCUGAAACAAAAUGGUGUUUCGAAACACCAAACUAAGUCUCCCCUUUUGCUCUCUAUCCCUCCUCUCACCUUACUCUGUUCAAAACAGCUUCUGCGGGAGCUUAUUGAACGCAAGACAAGUGCUGCAGACCCCAACGACCAGGUGGCUAUGGGCAGGUGAGUGAUGUGUGUGUGCAUGCGUCUGUGUGUGUGGUGCUAGGAUCUGGGGUUACCCCUCUAGGCUUUGUCUGAUAGGGGCCCUCACAUCCUCUCCUCUCCUACUCUUCCAGACAAUGGCUAGCCAUUCAGAAGCUCCGCAGUAAGAUAAAAAAGAAAGUGGACACCAAGGCCAGCAAGGGCCGCAAAGUCAGGUGAGUGGAGGGAACAGCGAAGGUAUAAUGUGAGGAAAUAUUGAUUCACUAGAAUAUUUCCUUUUCUCCACAUUUAAAACUCUCAGAAUAAUUUAGUGCCCUUGUUUCCUGGUAUGUCUUGUUCCAUUUAUGUCAGUUAGCAGUAUUAGGUGUAUUAGGUCUGUUUUUAACAUCCACUGCAGAACAAUCUGUGUUUCUCUGUCCAUGGAGGCCCCAAUGACAGCAUUUAUUCCCCAUGGUUCAUUUAUGAAAAAACUAAUAGAUUUCACUUCCUCUAAUGCUGGUUUAUAUGCUGGUUUAUCUAUAGUCCUUUCAGUUAUUUCAAUUAUAUUUUUAUAGAAAAUGUACCCGUCUGUUAAUGUAAAUUACAUUUCCAUGUGGUCUGAUUAAAUAUUUGAGGACUCAAAUUGAUAAUUUGUAUUUAUAUAUAUACAGUAUAAAACUAUUUUCCAGUGGAAAAAGUGCAAUUACGCUAUUUGUUUUCUUCAGGUAUUCCAAGUGGAAAGGCCAACCUUUUAUUUGGCGCCUUUUGUGCCCAUUGUAUUUCUCUCUGUUUAUCUUAUACACGCAGGCACACUGAACUAACACAUGGACUCAAACACUCACACUCAUAAUGGACAAACCACAGUUACACACAUGUACAUUACAUUAACAUUUUAGUCAUUUAGCAGACAUUCUUAUCCAGAGUGACUUACAACAUAAUAGAACGUGUGUGUAUUCCCUAUUUCUGAUGAUGUUUGUUUUUGUGUGUGUGUUUUUGUGUGUGCGCUUGCAUAUGUGUCUGUCUAGGUUCCACAUCCACAGUAAGUUGGUGAACUUCAUGGCCCCCAUCGACCACAGCUCCAUGAAUGACGACGCACGGUGAGUUGAUUAUUAUUGGUGCAUUACAGGAGUAAAGGCAGCACACUUCACUGACAUGCCAAUAUUGACCUGUUCUUCAACCUAUCACCACCUCCUCCUCUAUCUUGGGGCUGUAAGUCACAGAGCUCAGUGUUCCGCUGUCCUGUCCUCCUGUCACAGCCAUACAUCUGACACACUCACUUCAGCCUCACUCACAAACCUGAAAUGACUGUCCUCAUUACGGCUACCCUCCCAUAAAUCCCUGUGUGCUGCUUCACUCACUUGCUCUCCUGCACUCACAAGACUUUUAGUCUGUGAUGCCAUCUUCUGUAGUUGGUCAGUGUUGAUGUGAUUUCAAAAUUAGAUUAACAGGUUCUUCAGUUGUAAUGUAUAGACUGCUGAUUGUCCUAUUAUAUGUGAGUUUACAAAGGCCAUAGAAGGAGUGUUGUAGUUUUCCAUAUGCUAGUGAGACCAUACUGAUUCCCAGCACACACUGGAGACAGAGAGGACAGUAGCUGGCUAGUCCUCUGACUGUCCUCCUUAUCUGUCCUCGUCCAGUACAUACUGUAGGUAGGGUAGUGCAGGCUGAGGUUGUGUUUACUGUGAGAUGACAUGUUUUCUAAACACGGUAAUAACUGCUCAAUGGCCUGACCUUCCCCAGCCCUGCCGUGUGUACAGCCCACCUCAUUUCCAUAGCAAUCAAUGGCCUACAGUAAUAAUGGUGAUGUAUGGCCGUUGCAUCAGGCUGGCCGCUGACCUUUCCCAGAGAGCCACACUGGGUGACCUUUGGGAAUGAAUGCCCCGGCACAGCGCUCCUCACCCUCUAUAUCACCCUCCCUCCUGGCCCUCUUAUCUCUCUCCCCCACCGCCAUAUCUCAACGCUGCGCUGGCUUCAUGGACGCAGCCCGCAAUGCUCCACUGGCUCCAUGAAUGUUAAUGGGAGGGGGGAGGGGGCUGUCACAGACAGGGCCCACAUACAAUGCAGGAUCUAAACGUAGUUUGUUUAUUAACAAAGGUACGUGGUGGAGAUUAUGAGUGUGCUCUUUCUUUUAUACUGUCUUUUUCUUACCCUGCACUCCACUAAAGGAUGUGCGUUUGAUCACACUUGACACCCACAUGCAAGUAUCAUACAUACUUUACAUUUUGUGGUCCUCUGUAGCUCAAUUGGUAGAGCAUGGCGCUUGUAACGCCAGGGUAGUGGGUUCGAUCCCCGGGACCACCCAUAUGUAAAAAUGUAUGCACACAUGACUGUAAGUCGCUUUGGAUAAAAGCGUCAGUUAAAUGGCAUAUUAUUAUUAUUUAUUAUUACAUGCACAUUGCACACCUGUGCACAUUUAAUUCCUCUAGAAGGUAUUUAGACAUUCAUCAUGGCACAUUUCUGCAUGUGACAUAUAUGAUAUGCAAUUUGAGGCAGGCUGCACCUCCAACAUCCACUUCAGCUCCCCUGUUCCUCGUCUCUUGUCUUCUCUCAAUCGCACACACAGAGACACAGUCAGUCAGUCCUAUUUUAUGCUGGGUUCUGAGCCUCUCCUCUCCUCUCCUCCUCCCCUGUCUUCCCGGCGCUCCUCAGUAUUCCCCAGCCAAUGUUUACCGAGCUCAGGCGGAAUGAGAAUUUAUGCAUUAUGUGGUGAUGAUCAGUGUAUUGUAAUCCUUGACCCUGGUGGCGCAUUUCAAAUUAGGAUUGGGGAUUAAGCCCCUGUGGCUGUCUGACAGACAGGCUGGCUCCCUGCUCCCUGAGAGCAACACAAGGCCCCUCUUUAACACAACACAACACAUUACACAGAUACAGUGACUGGGACCCUGCACUGACUGGUUAUGCCGUAGUGGAUACACAGAUUUGUAAUAGAUUAUAAUCUGUAUAUGCUAUUGUAGGAGUGGUUAAUUCUCUACCCUGGCCAACAGAAUGUAUAGGUUGUUUGAUACCACUGCAGUAAAUAGCAGUGCAGUGUGGGAGAAAUGGUUGUCCUGUUCAUGUUCUGCAGUGAUGUUUCAGGGACUACCUCUAGGCUACCUAUAGUUGGUCGCGUCCUUUGCCUUUUCCCAUGGAAGUGGACCCACAGCAGUCCUGGCAUGACUGGCUGCAUUCAGAUCAGACCAGCACAGGUCAACUGGCUGCACCAGACCAGCACAGGUCAACUGGCUCCCUUGAUUCUCUAAUAGUCUCAACACAAUUAACGGAGACAUGUCACUUCUGGUGACAUUACAUACUGCCAUCUAGUGUCUAUUCCAUAUGCAGAGAGACGCACACAGGCUUCACAUGCUGUGCAUUUGCAUGUAUAUGCUGAACAUUAUGUUUUAUGGAUGUAGAAAAAAAUAAUUGUGAUCUAUGUGCAGACAGUCGUACACAAACAAAACCAGCCCUGUCUCAAAAUUAAACUCUAUCGGUCCAUCUUUCUGAGUAGAGACACUUUGUCUGGAACAUUUGACUGAUUGAAAUGACUGAGCUGGUCAGGGAAGGAGGAGGCAGCCCAGCCAAGCGAGAUGGAGAUUGAGUGCAGCUGGGACCUUUCCCUGAUUCCCUCCCGCCCUGCCUGGCUGUGUGUUGGUCUGCUUUUUGUCAUGGACAGGCAAGACAGUGACAGACACUUGUGUUCAGGCCAUAAUCAUAUGGCCCUGGCCUCCGUAAAGACCCUGCUCUGUCUCUCCUCUCAUCUGGCCUAUUGCAUAUACCCAGUAAUUGGAAUCCUGCAACUGGGUCACUGGCAUUGUCUCUCAAGUGCCGUCAAGUCAUUGAGACGCAUGAAUGUGGAAUUAUUCCUGCUCCCGAUGCAUGAUUGAGACCUCUCCUUCUUUUCUGUCUCAUCCCUCUGUCACUCACUGAUUACCUAUUCUGUCACAUUGAAAUGUUACGCCUGUGGCGAAAGCCAGGUUUGAUCAUAAUUUUGCCAUGAUGCUUGUUCUUGAAAAAAGUUAUGUUUAACAUUUGUUUUUCUCCUUGAUGGUGUAGGACUGAGUUGUAUCGCUCACUAUUCGGGAAGAGCUCGUUCGCUUAAGGUGCAGUGCGGGAGUGACAUGCUCUGAGCUAGCAGGAGAGAUGGACAGCACAGCACAGCACAGCAGAACAGAAGGCAGAACCCAGGACAUAAACGCAUACCUCUUCCUGUGGUCUGGCCCUGCUCCUCUAAAGACUUAUGAACAGCACCAGUCUAGAUGUUAGUUCAGAAUGGACCUGACUGGUUUGGCUUGAAGAGACUAUUUUCUUCAUUAGGUUUAAAGAUGUGAUUUUGAGACUGUCAGAAAAAAACACAAUUUUGGCAACUUGUUUCUAUUAGCCCCUUUGUAUGUCUGUCACUUUCUGUGAAUAAAUACAAAGGUGAUUUGUCUGCUAACCAAUGGAGGGAAAUUAACCCACCCCAGAGUUGGUUGGUGAUUAAAUGUAUUUUAUUAUAGUGGAGUUUGUGUUGUUUUUAAACGUAUUAUGGAAGAAAAAAAACACUUACAACCUAACAAGCAGCCAUGCCAAACCUAACAAAGCAAUUCCUCGUAACUUUCUCCAAACAAUCCCGUUCUCUCCGCUCCAGUAGAAGUAUAGGAGGAAGGGCCUGAUGCUGCAGUUUGUCAGUGAUUAGUGCUGGAAUUAGCCAGCCUAGCGUGCCUCUACAAAUGAGCAAAGCCCUCUGGGAGACCGGAGAGAGGCCAGGCAAGGCGCAUUUCCAAUUAUACCACCAAAUGACUCAUUUUCUUAUUGGGCCUCCCAUAAUUGUGAUGGGUAUUGGGUGUAUGCAACUCAAUUUGUCUUACAUAUUUGUUGGUAGGAUGGUAAUAGAGUUGACGGAGCCAAGGGGACGAUAUGAAAGUGAGACAGGAAAAAAGCUAAAGGGAUGAGAUGGAUUCCUCACUAUUUGUUCGAUUCGUCUCAUCCCUCUUAAGACGAUUGAAGUUUAAAAGCCUUAAAAAAAAAAAAUGGCAC